AAGUUUCUCGCCGAAAGGGAAACACAGGGGAAUCCGCCAAGGAAAUGUUGGAGUACCCUCCGUGUCUAGAACUAACUGGGUUUAUUCCUGCAUGCUAACCGGAUUUCCACGCUGAAACUGCCGUAUCGAGCGAUCUACAGAUACAAUCACGGCUGGGCAAACUCUUUAGGGUGGGGGGGUUAGGGGAAACAACAAUUGCAGGGUCAAAAUGUCGAUUCAGUACGAGGUGGAACCGCUGCCUGACAGCUACGGUGUGGCUGACUCGUUUCCCAAAGAUUUUGGAUAUGGAGAAGAGGAGGCCGACAUCGAGGACAGUUCGGCAGCCUCCGACAGUAAACCCAGAAUUCUGCUAAUGGGUUUACGAAGAAGCGGAAAAUCAUCCAUUCAGAAGGUGGUGUUUCACAAAAUGUCCCCCAACGAGACGCUGUUCCUGGAGAGCACGAACAAGAUCUACAAGGAUGACAUCUCCAGCAGCUCCUUCGUCAACUUCCAGAUCUGGGACUUCCCCGGCCAAGUGGACUUCUUCGACCCCACCUUCGACUACGAGAUGAUCUUCAGGGGGACCGGGGCGCUGAUCUUUGUCAUCGAUGCUCAGGACGACUAUGUGGAGGCGCUCUGCAGACUCCACCUCACCGUGUCGCGGGCCUACAGAGUCAACCCUGACAUCAACUUCGAGGUGUUUAUCCACAAGGUGGACGGACUCUCUGAUGACCACAAGAUCGAGACCCAGAGAGACAUCCACCAGAGAGCCAAUGACGACCUGGCCGACGCCAGCCUGGAGAAACUUCACCUCAGUUUCUACUUGACCAGUAUAUACGACCACUCCAUCUUUGAGGCAUUCAGCAAGGUGGUUCAGAAGCUCAUCCCUCAGCUGCCCACACUGGAGAACCUCCUGAACAUCUUCAUAUCUAAUUCAGGGAUAGAGAAGGCCUUCCUGUUUGACGUGGUCAGUAAGAUCUACAUAGCUACAGACAGCUCCCCGGUGGACAUGCAGUCUUACGAGCUGUGCUGCGACAUGAUAGACGUGGUCAUAGACGUCUCCUGCAUCUACGGGCUGAAGGAGGAUGGGAGUGGCAGUGCGUAUGAUAAGGAGUCUCUGGCCAUCAUCAAGCUUAACAACACCACAGUGCUGUACCUGAAGGAGGUCACCAGGUUCCUGGCCCUCGUCUGCAUCCUUCGGGAGGAGAGCUUUGAGCGCAAAGGUCUGAUAGACUACAACUUCCACUGUUUCCGGAAGGCGAUCCACGAGGUGUUUGAGGUGGGUGUGGCUUCCCCCCGCCUGGCCCUGCCUGGAGCCACGCCCUGUGCCACGCCCUGCUCCAAGGCGGUGGCUCUCAACGGCACACCUCGCAGCACUGUGUGACUUCCCCUGGGGGAGAGGGGAGGGGGGGACAGCACAGGAAGAGCACAGGAAGAGCACAGGAGCCUGUGGACGAUGAUCAGGACUCCAGCUGUGCCUCCCACACUCAGGAGCACAGAGAAGACUGGAGCGGGGAGGGGAGAAGGGGGAGGGGAGAGGGGAGAGGGGGGAGAGGAUUGCACGCUUACAACACAAGGAUGGAAGGGAAACUUAGUUGUGCCUGAAUGCAGGGCAUGGACUCAUCAUUCACCACAAGCAGGCCAGCACAGAGACUGGAGCAGUACCCCCAGGGUGCUGUCUGUCCUGGGGAGGCGGAGGUAGUCAUGGUGACAUCCCAUACCAGACCAUCACCAGGCUGAGGGUCACAGAUACACUUGUCUAACAAGGCCUUAUUUACAUCCAGCCAGUCAGGCUUGGUCUCCCCCCUCCCCUCUCCCCUCUCCCCUGGACUGGAACUGUGGUUCAGGGCUCACCUAGAAGAGCUCAGCUCUGAGGAGAAUUAGGGAUUGAAGUGUGUGUGCGUAUGUGUAAGAAAGAGAGUGUGUGUGCACGCGUGUGUGCAUGCGUGUGUUUGUAAGAGAGCGUGUGUACAUGUGCGCAUGUGUAAGGAAGAGAAAGAGUGUGUGUGUGCAUGUGAGAGGAGUGUGGUAGCGGUGGUACAUGCCCUGAACUACACUGUGCUGGAGGAUGCAGAAUGAUGCAGGCUCAAUUUCUCAAACACAAAAAUCAUCUUGUCGUCUGUUAAUUUUGAGAUCACUCAUCACAAUCUGAUGGACUUGGAAUCUUACAAUGUAACCGGAGCGAUGUGUAGCCACUGCUAAACUGCCCCCAUCUAGAAAUCUAAAUAUGUUGCCAAAACAACAAUUACAAAAAACAAAAGGGUUGUAUUUUAAUAUCUCAUGAGAGACACAUAAGCCUGGUGAUAUCUCCACAGUAUGGGAGGUGUUGACUGGUACCAGACCUGUUGUACCAAAUGGUUCUUACUGAGAGGAUUCAGGUGGCGUGAGGACAUGAGAAGUUCCUGAUGGAAUCUCCAUUCCAGCUGUGCAGCACUCAAGUACAAAUGUUAUGAUGAGGACUAUAUUCUCUGUUAUUAUGCCCCUGCUUGAUGACUGCUCAGACGGGAGUCGGCGGAGGAACACGGAGCUAACCUGCAGAAGAAGCGCAUUCCUAGCAUGUAUGCAAGUGUUCUCACGAUUCAUCGUUCUCACUGUCCGAUAUCUCACUGUACUCUACUGAUGGGAGGGGGGAAAGACUAACAACAACAAAUUAAAACUUGACAGAAACUAAACCAAAA